CAUGCUUGGAAGCCUCUGGUUUAUGGCCUCUGGGUCAACGCCCAUCCCCUCAACAGCGGAGUCUGCGGUCGCUCGUAACGGUGGGCACCUGAGCAGCUUUGGAGGAGACAGCAGCCCGGCCGCCCAAGCUUUCCUGCGGAGCCAGUGGCCGUGGCUGGCAGCACUGGGCUUUGGUGCCGCAGGGGCCCUCGCCUACAGCGUGUUCCGUGAGCCAGCGGUGACGCAACGCGUCUGGCUGGAGUUCGGGGUGGAUGGGCAGCCUGUGGGUGUGGUGGUGGUAGGGCUGCACGGCGGGGACGCCCCACACACCGCGGACAACUUCGAGGCCCUGGCCUGCCACAGCCCCGGCUUUGGGUACGCGGGCGUGCCUGUGCACCGCGUCAUGCACGGCUGGUCGGUCUGGAGCGGCGACGUCACGCAGGGUGACGGCAGCGGCGGCGUCAGCGCGUACGGCGCCAGCCUGCCCCUGGAGUCCUGGGGCGCCAAGCACCGCCGCGGCACGCUCAGUAUGGUCCUGGAUGAGGACAGCCGGCUGCGCAGCCAGUUCUUCUUCACGCUGGUCACCACGCCAGCUCUGGACCGGAAAGCAGCUGCAAUCGGAAAAGUGCUUGAGGGCUUAGAGGUACUGGACAGGAUCUCGCGGCUGCCGACCCGCGAGGGCCAAGAGGGCCGACCCAAGCAGGACGUGCGUAUCUUGCGGUGCGGCGUCGUGGAGGAGCAGGCGGCGCACCACGACGAGAAGCCGGCAGAGCAGAGGGGUGGCAGAGCCAGCGCGCGGGAAGGGGCAGGGACAGGAGCAGCAGGAGGUGUGUCGACGGCCGUCAAGUCCUGGGGCCUUGUGUUCGGGUUGGGCUAUUGAGAACGCGGGAGGUGUUCGGGGCAGGCGGUGGGAGCUCGGAAGCGCACGUCGUGAACACACCCGUGAAGUGCCGGUCACGGGUCAUCUUGGACUGAGUGUGUCUUGACCAUCGAGGCGUAUGGAUUUGCCCCUGGGCCACAAGGGCAGAGGUAGCAACUCCGAUUUGGGACUGCAAGGGCAGCUGUGUCUGGUAGUCGGGAAUGGGUCAGGUAGAUCUCGGCCGCGCAACCCCUCGAUGCUCAAACAUUAUUCUUACACUCGUUCAUACACAUAUCGAAGCACAUAGUCGUCAUCUCUCAAUCAGACGCGCUUGGGGGACAGCGCGGGAACGUGGCUGUUCGCCUUCUCCAAGGCUUACCGACGCUUGUGAAGUAAAUAUCACCAC